AUGCGCGGCCGCGGGGAGCUUCUUCCCGUGCCUUCUGUGUCCUCCGCUUUUCUGUUCGACGUUAGCGCGAUGACGGAAGACCUUGAGAGGGAAGAUCCGCGACUACGCGCAGGGGGGGAAUCUGCCCAGGCCGGCCUAUCCUUCUCAGUUCAUCGCGUGUAUGAACACCGCAGGCUCACGCGCCCGGUUCUCCUCGAGCGGGAAUCCCCGCUUUACAGAGAGAGAGGGACGACGCCGCUUUCUUCGCAGGAUCUCACGGGUUCAAACAAAGACGACCGAAAGCGAGGGACAGAGGCACAGACAGGAACCGGCUCACGGCGAGUGUCUAGCCAGUAUGGCAGGUCUACAGACACCUCAACCGAUGCUGGACGCCCGAGCGCCCACGGGGUGCGUGCCCAAACGCUGUCUUCCAAUUCUGCAGCUCACUCCACAUUUGACGACGCUGAAACCAGGGAGGAAGACGAAGAGGCAGACAGCCAGGAAGAAUACGAGGAGGAUGAGGACGAGGAAGAGGACGAAGACGAAUACGAGGAAGACGACCCUUCCCCACUUCGCUCUCUCCCGCAGGCUCGGAGGAGCCCCCGACCGUCCUCGAGUCUUCGAUUCGAGAGACAGCGUCUGCCGAGUGAAGGCGAUCCUGCAAAUCCCGCCCCUCCCGCGCCGCGACGUGUUUCCUUGUGGGGAAGUCUCUUGAUGCACGCACGGCGCUCUCUACCCUUCCUCGGCUGCGACGGCCUGGACGGGCCCCUGCCUCCCUCGCCUCAGCCGCCCGCGUACGACAGCGAGGGCCUGCACCAGAUUGGCGCUUCCUUGCUGUCUUCACUCGCCGCGCCGCAUGCCUUGACGAAGAAGCUCGGGAAGAGCGUCCUCGAGGGCCAGCUGCAUGCAUUCUGGCAAGAAGACGGAGGCAGCGGCGGCACAGGAACCAGGCGCCUCUUUCGGGACGCCGAACGCGAAGUCUCGGAGAGCGGCAACGGACUCGCGGUGUCCGCUGGGAAGUCGUCUUCUUCCUUCUCGCGUUUCCCUGCUUCGCCGGCGGACUCCCGCUGCCGCCUCCGGUCGCCCGGGGAGGCUCCGAAGAGCCCAUUUGGUCCUCUGAAGAUUCGCGCGCGUCGAGUCGGCGCCGUCGAUGCGGCCGACGUGGUCUCGCUGCUCUGGACCCCCCUCCGGCGUCGCGCCUUCCAAGUUCUCCUCUUCCUCUCUUUUCUCCUCGCCUUCCUAGGCAUCUAUCGGCAAUUCGCCUGGACGGCGCAUUUGACAGAGUCCGACGUGUACCUGAGUAAGGAAGCUUCGCGGGGGCCUGACGGGCGUGCGAGCUCGACCUCGGCGUGGCUGCUGGAGAAGGAAAUUCAGAAACUGCGCCGAGAGGUGGAGGAAGAGCGGGACGCUCUGAGUGACUACCGCGAGCGCAUGCAGAUGCAGCUAAAGAAGCAAAUUGCUCACUUCGCGCAGCAAAUCCAGCAGGAGCUCCAGAGCCAGCAGCGACACGACAUCGAACAAGUCCUCCUGAAGCUGCGCGAAGAAGGAAGUCUCCGACAGGGAGCGGAAAGCCAGAGCGAACCGCAGUUGCUUGCCGACGUCGAUGGCCUCCAGGUUAGGAAAAGAACCGUGGACAAGAGCUGCUCCCAUAGGACGCUGCUCACGCAGGCUUUCGCGCGCAAGGUGGAGGAUCUCCACACCCACCUGGUGAUUGAAGAAGAACAAAUGCUCGACUGGGCGCUGGAGUCGCUAGGCGGCCGCAUCGUCGUCAGCGAGACUGCGCCUCCUCUCAUGAAGCCUCCCUCGUGGGCGUCUUCGGUUUCGGCAGCCAUGUGGAGUCUGGUGCACGGGGAAGAAGCCGAGGAAGCGGCUGGAGCAGCAGGGUUCUGGGCGCACAAGAAACCGGCCGUCAUGCUGCAGCCGGAUCGGCACGCGGGGAGUUGCUACGCCUUCCGCGGCGAACGCGGGAACGUCGCGAUUCAACUUCCGACAGCUGUUCACGUCACCUCUGUGGCGAUCGACAACGUCGCUUCGGACCUCUUCACGGCGAGUGCGCCGCGUCGGUUCCGGCUCUGGGGCUACGAAGAUCCACGGGCUGCGUCUUUGGAUCUCUCGCGAACUUCCUUCUCCAGGAACUCGAGCGAAGGCGCCUCUGUGCCGGCGGGGCGCAAAUGCGGAUUGCUGGGGGCGGGGCGACUCUGCGACUGGCUCUCAGUGAGUGGGUUUGCGGAGGGGGAGACACGGCAAGAGCUGCCGGGAGGAGAGCACGCUUCGUCAGGAGUCAAGGAGUCUCCGCUUCGCGUGUUUCUCGGCGAAUACGAAGUCACGGAAAGGAAGAAGUUGGUGCUCUUCGAGCUGAAGGGGAAGCCCGCCCGGCCGCUUCGAAAAAUCGUUUUUGAGUUUCUAGACAACUUUGGACACCCGUACACCUGCAUCUACCGCCUCAGGGUCCAUGGCGAAAAGGCAGUCCUGCAACCGAGAAGCAAAAAGGACUAA